UAUAAAAACUUCACAAUAAUAUAUUUGUAUUUCUUCAUAUCCUCUCUCUCGCUCUCUUUGAGUCUCUCAACUAAAUCGCAAGCUUCGUCUAUUUUCCUCUGAGACCAAGCAGUAUCGAUCCUUCGUGUGGAUUCAAAGGCAAAUCACUAUGUCAUCAAACUAUCUUACAGAACUGAAGCGACGUUCUGAAGCAGAGUUUCUUGAAUUUCGUCAACGUAUUAAGGAAUCCAUCAGGAACAAGACUCAAAACGGAAACGAUCUUCUUGCUCCAACCUCAGAAGAAGACUCAAUGCCAAGCAAAAGACAAAAACUACACGAGUUUGGUAGCUUCUUUGGUCCUUCUCAGCCUGGUAUUGCUUCAAGAGUAUUACAAGAAAGCAAACCACUUUUAAAAGACGAGCUUCUUGCCGCUAAAGCGCUCGACUCGAUCCAAAUUAACAAGAGUACUCCUAGUCCAACGAGUGUCUCAGAAGCUAAUGAGUUGAAAAGAAAAGCUAAGCAACUUAAAGAAUCAAGAGACUACUCUUUCCUUUUCUCUGAUGAUGCCGAGCUUCCUGUUUCCAUUAAGGAACCACCUUCUUCUCUUGUUCCCAACUCUAGAGCCAGUUCCAGAGGAAGCCAUUCAUCAAGACCACGUUCAUCUACUAAAGGUCAACCACAAACAAAGCUUGGUUCCAAAUUACGUCCUCAGAGGCCAGCAGCUCCUGCAAGAAUAUCUGUACCAAUGGACCAUAGCAAGAAGCUAACUCAGAAGCCAAGUUCCUCAUCAAAGCCAUUGACAUCUGAUCCCAAAGAACAGAGGAAAGUUUCCAACGAAACCAAACGAUCUUCUCAAGUGGUUCCAAGAAAACAAGCAUUGCCUCCUUCCAAACAACGGGAGGUUAGCAAACCACCAUUGAAGCAAGCUCAUCAACUGAAGAAGAAGCUGUCAGAAGAAGAUGAAGAGGCGUUGAGAAUGAUUAGAGAGAUGUGCAAGACUGAUCGUUUUGCCAGGCGUGAUUUAGAUGAUUAUGAUGACAGAUGCAUGGAAGCUACCUUAGAAGAUAUCAUCAAAGAAGAGAAACGAAGUGAGAAACUUGCGAAGAAAGAAGACGCGGAACAACUACGGUUGAUAGAAGAAGAUGAAAAGCGAGAAAGACUCAUGAGAAAGGAGAAGAGACAGAAGAUGAACCAUUAAAUCAUUUGUUGUUUACAGGGUGUUAUUAUCGGUGAUACAUCAUCACUUUUAGUUUCUUGUUAAUAUGAUUGCUAAUGCGAUAUUAGGUACAAGUCAUAGUACGUUUCUUCUUUCUCUAUUAAUAAAAGGCAUCAGAUAUUCAAAUUUGAAGUAAUCAAUUAGCAGCUGGUUAGAGGUCAUUUUCAAGUUUGUUAAGUUAAACAUUUGAGGAUUAAGAUGAAACAGUGCCAUCAUAUCCAUAUCAAAUCCAUCAAUUAUAUUGUCAAGUGUUCUCUAAAUUCAUCAACCAACAUAUAAUUGCUGUGGAAAAAUAAUAAUAAUUAAAGAAUCAAGUCUCACUAAAGGUUUUCUUGCGUGACAUAUUCAGAUAAGGUUCUCUGUUUGAUUCUAUUACCAUUUGUCUGUAUCUGUUUGUUCUUUUUCGUUUGCAUGUUAGGGUUUGACUUUAAAAUGUUAUUACCCUCUCGCAGUUUAACCAAUGAUACGGAUUAAUUCUUGAGAAUUGAAAUAAGAUUUUAAAAUCAUACCCUAAUCAUGUAUAUAGUUGGAGUUUUGAAAAGUUAUGGUACUGGGAUAUCUAUAUUGAAAUUUUAAUGUAAAUAAUACUAGUAUAAAUACGAAAUCUUGAUUGCAGUAGCCAAGAUGCUUCUAUCAUGGGGCUUAGUAAUGGAGGAGACAGAGAUUAGCUGUAAAUUAACUGGCUUUUAUUUUCUAUUAGUCGUUGGUUAUGUAAUAGCCCACGUGUUUUUUUUUUGCAUAGCUUAGCAUUUCUACGUGGUUCUUUACACUUACGAUUGUUGUUUAAAUUAUUUUUCAUUUUUAAACUUACUGAUGUACAACUCACCUCUUUUACUGUAUUCAGAAUAGCACGUUUGCACAGGACACAAGAACCCAUGACAUGCAAGUGUCCACAUGUGUCUCCAGGCCUGUGUGUCUCUCUCUUCAUAACUAGUACUAUUUACAAACCAUGAGAUUCCAAUAUUUUAAGUCUAGGGUUCUGAAAAAGGAUCAAACUAGCUCAAAUGAUGAUUAUUAGUAAAAUCAAUGUCUGAGAAAGAGUUACGCAUUUUAAAUUAGACAUUUUACAUAGUUUACAUAUAAGCAAUGCUGUUUUACCCGAUUUAAUUGAGAGCUAUUAGCAAGGCCCAAGUAAAGACCGCAAGCCCAUUAUCUAAGCUCUUGUAACUAGGUUUCUUAGGACUAUAUAUAUGUCGCUAUAUGCUUAAUGUCUUGCAACCUUGCUGCCCUGAAAGGCAGCCCCUCUUAUCCUUAAUGAUAUAUCAAUUUUAGUUCUUGUGUUCUUGGUGACAAUCUAAAGAUCUUUACUUUCUUGCACAAUAAAGCUCACUGAGCUACUUCUUAUUUAUGUUUCAAUAAGUUCUUUGAGUAUCCAAUCUCUAUUGUUUGAGAUUGUUAUCAUGGUAUCAGAGCACCAGGGAGUAGAUCCUGUUUUAUGGGUUUUGUCCUCACCAGCUUUAAACUUACGACCAACCUCUACCACUAAAGCUCCAAUCUUUCUCCGUUACUUUUCCAUCACCAAAGCUCCAAAAAAAAAAAAAAAAGGCCCGAGCUUUUCUAUGGAAAGAGUCUCACCCGCUUCUACUUCACAAGGGAGGCCGGUUUCUUCUUUGAAGAGACGUCAUUGGGUUUUCGAAGCUUCAUGUCAGAUCCGACGAGUAUCCAUUCUCUCAAACGUUGCGGUGUCUAUAAAAGUGGGCGAGAAAGUUGCUACAAGAUGUUGUCGUUGAAGCUUUAGGCAGGUCUCGGAAUGGACAGAGAAGAAUGAAGACUUAUUCACUCACGACUUAUCUACGGUACCAGCUCUGUUUCUUUCUAUUGAGACAGAACAAAUGAUGAAAGAUUAAAUGUCGUUUGUGGGCUUGAGUUGCUGGUUGGCGUAUAUUCUUAGGUUGAGAACUUAGAUAGGUUUGGAACACUACGAUGCUUAGGCUGGUUCUGGUUUUUGCUAACGAUGGGUAUAUGGAAGGAGGUUUCCAUUUUGAUGCACAUCAAGUGUUUGGUACAAUGUCAAAGAGACAUAGAAGAUGAUAGUGGCUAAUGGAUAGGAAGCAUAAAGUGAGUAGGAUUGUUUAAUAUGUAUGGAAAGAGGGUUCUUCUUCAUGAGAUAGUUUAGGAGAAUGGGUAAGAGAAACCCAUAUUCUUAGUGAGACAAAUAGGCUUUAAGUACCUCUGAGUGAGAUUGACUAAACUCGCCAAGUAUCAAGAGAAUACCUCUGAGUGAGUCAUGCAAUACUUGCCAUGUACAGACCUGAAAAGAUCUCACACUAAGUUUAUUCUCCAUGGUGAAUUCAACAAUCUUCCUACAUCUCAAUCAUCUUCAACAGCUCAUGCUUCCAUCCAGCCACUUUCAGUUGCCUUUACAAACUUCACACCUUAGAAACGGAUGCAAAGUUUGCGGGGGAGUAUUAGCAAGGCCCAAGUAAAGACCGCAAGCCCAUUAUCUAAGCUCUUGUAACUAGGUUUCUUAGGACUAUAUAUAUGUCGCUAUAUGCUUAAUGUCUUGCAACCUUGCUGCCCUGAAAGGCAGCCCCUCUUAUCCUUAAUGAUAUAUCAAUUUUAGUU